GUCAGCUAAUAGUAGGUGUUUUCCUUUAUUUGAUCAUGGGGGACUUUUCGAAAUUCAAACCUAUUUGCGUGGAGCUACUAAAAACCCCCUCCUUAGAAAAGUUGGCAAAACUGAAACUCUUAGUCAUUGAAACUGAAACUGAAUCAAUUAAGCAAUUGCAGGAAUACGUUUUGUUUCCAUUAUUUAUCAUCAUUUCCAAUGAAGAAUUGAGGAACGAGAAAACAUUCUGUGCGGCUUGCAACUGUGUACAAGAAGUUUGUCGGAAAUCCACGUUGAAUGUGUAUAAAAUAUUUUCAGAUUUCCUGUUGCAAUUUCUUCUAGUUGUCCAUUGUGUUAAUCCAACUGAAAGUACAAUAUUGUGGUCUGAGGAAGUAAAACUAGCAUCGAUAGAAUCAUUGCUUGCAUUACUGAGAUCUGCAUCAAGUGAUGUCAUCCUUGAGUUGCUUUCUGAGACAAACAGGCCUCAACUGGGACAUUUAGUUUUCACUUUACUCAAAGUUGCUGCAAAUGAAGAAUUGAAGGAACUGAGGCUUUCUGCAUUAAACACUCUCAUGGAGUUGUCCUGCAUUCCAACCACCGUCAUCGGCUCUUCGUUGGCUGGUUUUUUCCCCGGAACAUGCACCCACAUGUUAAAAAUCAUAAAUGGAUCAAUAAAGCAGUCGCAUAUUCUGACAAAGAGGGCAGUUGAAGUUUUCUCCAGUUGGAUUCGGAUAAUCUUAAAUAACAGUCGUUUUGAAAAUGCCGGGAAGUCUGGCACGGAAUGGUUACAACAAACACGCACUAAUCUGCACCUCCUUUUCGAAAAGAUUAUGAAAAAUCCCGACAUGCACUGGAAAGUGAAGAUAGGAAUAACAUCUUUGGUCUCUGAAGUGUUAGAAGAGUGCUCUGUUACCUUGGAACCUUCAUUGCCUUUACUUAUCAAGAAACUUGUUCAGCUUACCGCCGAUGAGUGUUUAGAAGUUCAGGAAGCUGCCAAAGAACGCAUCACAGUUCUGAGCCAUUCCCAAACUAACUUUGAUGCGGCAGUACGGCAAAAUUUAUAUGACAUCGUAACGUGUUUACCAAGAAUAGUGACUCAAGGAAUCACUCAUGACCAAUUAGUAGUUUUACAAGAACUUCAGGGCCAUCUCACGUUGCUGGGGCCUCGCUUAGAACAAAGCCUGAUUUUUAGUGGCCUGCGUCAGCGCCUAUUUAAAGGCUUGCUCAUCUCGGCCACCCUUGAACCAACCAAAGUCAUCGAGAGUGACGAACCCUUUAAUCUUCAAUACUUGCGGGAGAACAGAGUUGUUUCGUUAUUCGCAGCAUGCUCCCUCACAAUUGGCCGUUAUGGAAACCUGGCCGAUACGUCUGAUUAUCUAUUGGACGUUGUGAGGCAAAAAGACUCGUUCGAUAAAGAAUCAGUUUACGUCAUGAACUUAGUUCUCAAAGGAGCUAAGCUGGAUCCAACUGCGUUCACGACCGUCAUAAAAGAGUAUUCAACUUGCCUUACGCAUUUAACAACUGAAAGUAAAACCGACAUUAUUGUGGGCCACUUAAUGUUGUUAGUGAUCGGCGAGCUUGCGGUUCGAAUGGGAAAGGAUUUUUCGCCUUUGCUAAUUACUGCCUUAAAGCCUUGUCUGGAAAAAGCUGGCAAUCCGGAAUUCUGUGAAGUUGGAAUACGGUCUCUUCAACGUAUGGCUGAAGCUUUACAAUUGAGCACGGUCUCUCAACUGCUUGAAGAAAAUGCUGAUUAUUACGCACCACAAUUGAGCUAUCAGCUACAAAACAUAGUCCGAUAUCCACGCGCUAUUGAUCUGCUUCGAGCGUUGCUCAUGCUGUCCGAUAUUCGUAUGGAUUACUGGCUAGAACGGAUGGUCCAACAUGCAUUGAAAGGUCUGGACAAGAACCAUUCUCUUCGAGCACUUCCCUACGUUCAGGUGUUCGAACUAUAUGCAAAAGCUGCGCUUAAAGCAAAGCCAGCCGGUCCAGAUUGUGCGAAACCUCUUUCAAAAGGCGAAGCUAUAUCAGUGGAAGAGGUGGCUCGGCGUAUAGCUGAUUAUAAAGCCAAUAUUAAACUAACCGAGACGUUUUCUGAAGCGAACGAUGAAGAUGAUGCAGAAGAAGCAGAAGAAAUCAUGGAGGCUGAAGUGGAACAGGUAACAGAUGUCAUUUCGCCACCACCUCAAGUGAAUAUCGUGGCCGACAUACUGGAUCGCUGCACUAAGAUAUUGCCACAAUGCGAAGAGGAGCAACUUUACGCUGCCUUGAUGAAAACCAUUUGCUUGUCGGUUGAAGUGCUAUCUUCACACGAGGAUGUGUUCCUGCCAAAAGUACAUAAACUUUGGGAGCCCUUAAAGAAUCAGCUUCUGGGAACAUCACAUCUCAAACAAAAGCAAGCCCUCGAGGUUUUCCUUUCGUUAGUUCGGUGUUGCCCGGAUUUUAUUCGUCAUCGAGCUGUGAGAGAAGUAGUUCCCAAAUUGGUUACCUUCCUUCAGAAUCAGGCAAAUGCAAGUCGUGGACGGUCCAGCAGAGCGCACAUUGCAAGUCAAGCUUACAAGCUGCAGAAAUCGGCACUAUCUGCCAUGGGUACCAUAGUUGAAUUUCUCGAUCCUCCCGUGUUGGAAGUUGUUAGAAUCGUCCAGGCGAUUUCUCUUUACCUUAGCAACAAGCAAGUCUCGGAGUUACAGAAUUUGGCCAAAGAGAAUUUGAUUGCCAUUGCGAAGUAUCACUCAGGAUCCGUCUGGUUAAUUCUACAUAGCAUGAUAGCUAAACGGACCUUUGUUCGGCCGGGCUUUUGUCCCAUUGAGGUCGGCACUGUAGACGAGAACAGCGAAUUCAAGUCCAACGCAGAGGAAUUAGCUAAACAACUAUAUCCCCUCAUUUGGACGUAGCGGCAUUACACGAAACAGAUGUGGAGGGAUGUCCAAUGGCGCCUAGAUUGUUGAGCGUUCGAUAUUCAUGCCAAAACACGAGCCGUUAACCUGACCUUCAAUCAACAUCAUAUUCUGACGCUGACGGAGUCCACAGUGGAAUGAGAUGC